AUGGGGAAGGCCUCUAAUCGCUUAGCCGUCGAGCGCCGUUUAGAGCGCAGGCGUGCGGAAGAGCAGCACAACAGGGCCUUAGCCGAGAUCGAAGCUGCAAGGAUUCAUAUGGUCAACCUUGCACGCAGUGAUGCACGGGUGGAGGCACUUAGGCGCCAAAAUGCGACCAAAGCUGACAUCGGAGAGCUUUCUAGGAAUUUAGAAUAUACUUUUGAGGAGCAGCGAGCUCAGCAAAGUAUCAAGGAAAAGCAGCUUCACCAGAGAAUCACUGAUACUCUAGACAACCAGCUGCUGCGAGAGGAAGCAGCUGCUCUAGAGAGACAGAAGAUCUGCCAGGAGAGCGAAGAGAUCCGCAAGCUAAAGGAGCAGCUGGCAACGGCCCGAGUCAAUCGCGAAAGGGCCGCUCAGCUCCUCGAGCGACAGCUGAGAGAGGCUGAUGCCGCCUUUGAGGAUGCUAGGCUGGAACUUGCUAUGGAAGAAAAACGACUGGCAGCUUGCGAGGAUGCGCGCCGCCAGGAACUCGACCGCAGCGUGCAAAUGCGCCAAGUUGGACUGGAUCUCGCAGCACAGAUAGAAGAGAGGCAGCGUACGAAACAAGAGGAAACAGCCGAAAAAUAUGCUAUUGAAAAGGAACAGGUAGGAGCAGUCGUCGCACAGCUGCUUGAAGAAAUGGAGAAUGAAAAAAGGCAGUCAAUGGAACGACGGCGGCUCCAUGCAGAAAUGGUCGCUGAAGCAACCAAAGAACGAGCACGGCAGAAACAGCUGUUACUUGAAAAUAAGAUCAAGGAGGAAAAUGAAAUCAGGGAAUACCUCGAUAUGCAACGAAAGCGAGCUGAAGACUUGGCGAGAGAGAAAGAGUUAAUACGUAGGGAAAAAGCGAGAAUCCUAGAUGAGCUCCUGCAACAGCAAAUACGAAAACAACAAGAGGAAACAGACUAUGCUCAGUUGAUAGCUAAUUUGUACGAAUUCGAGCGCGAGGAACAGGAACGGCUAAAGGAAGAAGCUCAAAAGAAAAAACGACAACAAGAAAGGGAUGCCCUCGCAACGGCAUUCAAGGAGCAGAUGGAAGAGAAGGAAAGGAGGCGGCAACAGCAACUAGCUGAAGAGGGUCAGUUCCGGCAAGAGUUAUACGCAAAGUUCGCCAGAGAAGCAAAGCUUGAACAGAUGACUCUACAGAGACGUAAACUCGCUCUCUUGGAGCAUAACAGACAGGUAGAAGCGAUUAUUCAGGAACGUCGCCGUCAGGUGUCAGAAGAACGUGAAAGAGACAAGGAGGAACGCCGAAAGCUGCUCGAACUAGAAGCAGAGAAACAAGCAAUUAUUCAGCAAGAGAGAGAAAGACUACUGCGCGAGAACGCAGAGCUCGCCGACUUCCUGCCUAAGAAUACGCUUCAUAACAAACGAGAACACAACAUUGUCAGAAGUGCUAGACAGCAGCUUGCUAGCAUUCACCUUGAUCCACUAGCACCCCUUCCACGAACUCUGCGUACACUUCCAGCCGGGGAGUCCACCGACAUUCAUACUUAG